ACUCCUUCGCUUAGCUCACUUCAGCACAAAUAACUUACAUGUUUGUCAUUUGGUUGACUAAUAAUGACAUGAUGUAUUUAUUAUGAUAUAUUUUCACUUCUUUUUCUCUACGCACACACUGGCCGCACUGGGAGUGGCUCUGUUUUUCCCGUUGUUAUUCUUGUUUAAAUCCCAAUUAUAUGGAAACCGGAAAGGGAAAUACUUUAAGCAUUUGUACAAAGACUGGUUUGCUGGUGUCCAAUCUCUUUUGCUGCUUUAAGUGAACAUGAUUAAAUGCAGCUCCCAUUUACGACACUAGACGGACACCUGAAUGCACCAGGGCAGCCGAGCGGGUUUCAUAGUUGCCGUCAAAUUUGACGUCCAACUGCCAUUGGAAUCUAAACGAUCCAACAAGUGCACUCCCGGCCCGGCGGCCCCCAUGGAGGUCUCCGUCCCCAAACAUGUCGGAGCGCCACCGGCCAGCACGUCCAAGCAGGCGGCGGCCAGCCGCACCCCGCCUCACGACACGUCUUACGGGGCGGCUCUCCCCUCCAAAUCGCCACCCGCCGCUGUCCUCACGCUUCACGUGGACGUGCAGCAGGCCCCGCCCCCUGCUAUCAUCAAAACCGAACAGGAGGAGUUGAAGGUAACGUCUGCAGAGCCCCACGUUCACGUCUCCGUGGACGAGUGGCGCAUCCGGGCGAAUGCGGACGGGGCGACGGCAGAACAGCCGGACCCACGAGACGUUCACGGGAAUGGCAAAAACUCGGACACGUCGGCUGCCGCUAUCGUCUUUGAGUGUCCCCGCUGCGGCGAGGUGUUCGACCAGGCCGCCAGGCUCCGCGUCCACCUGGAGCAGAAGCGCAAGACGUACGCCUGCGACUGGUGCUGCAAGUCCUUUGCUCAGUCGGCCGACCUGCGGCGCCACUUGCGUACGCACACGGGCGAGAGGCCGCACCGCUGCACCUUUUGCUCCAAGAGCUUCAGCCAGCGAGGAAACCUGCGGAGACACGUACGCAUCCACACGGGCGAGCGUCCGUACAGCUGCAUGCUCUGCCGCCGCACCUUCAGUGAUGGCGACACGCUGAAGAAGCACAGGCGCACGCACGCCAGCGACGACACGUGAUCCCGCUGCUGCGUCCCGACAUUUCUGACAAUAUUCCAGCCCUUCUGUGAAGGACGCGUGACCCGACAGGACGGCAGCUAGGAGGACGUGUGACCCGACAGGACGGCAGCUAGGAGGACGUGUGACCCGACAGGACGGCAGCUAGGAGGACGUGUGACCCGACAGGACGGCAGCUAGGAGGACGUGUGACCCGACAGGACGGCAGCUAGGAGGACGUGUGACCCGACAGGACGGCAGCUAGGAGGAUGUGUGACCCGACAGGACGGCAUCUCCUAGAGGACGUGUGACCCGACAGGACGGCAGCUAGGAGGACGUGUGACCCGACAGGACGGCAGCUAGGAGUACGUGUGACCCGACAGGACGGCAGCUAGGAGGACGUGUGACCCGACAGGACGGCAGCUAGGAGGACGUGUGACCCGACAGGACGGCAGCUCCUACACUGGACAUAAUCCACACAGAAAAGACGAUGAGCACAUUGUUAAAAAUCUUUGAGAGAAGUGUGAAUAAAGUCUUUCCACGCGA